AGUCCCGCGCAGACACACGCUUGCGUACGAUUUAAAAUUCGAACACGUCGCGAUCGAUUGUUUUUUAAUUCGAAAGAGUGGUUUUUAAUUUUUGAAAUUUUAAAAUUGGAACCUUUGUGAAUGAAAAAAGAGGAUUUAAAUAUAAAAUUAUUAUUUAUUUUAGUGGCAGUGGUUAAUAUUAAAUUAUUUGUGCAGUGAUUGACAAUUUAAGUUAAAUAUUGUUUUGGUUACAAAACUAAACCAAAAGAAGAAAAUGUGUUAAGGCCACCAGCGACGCCAAGCAUGAGCCAUUGAGGGCCACACCGCACGAGGUCCGAGUAUGUUCCUGCUGUCGCCGCGAUGGUUCCAACGCCUCAACCGAGAUGGCCUCGCCAAUCAGUUCUUCAUGGCCCUCAUGGUCACAAUACCAGUAUUAAACUUCGGGAUGCUGCUCGGCUGGCAGUCUCCCAUGACGCCGGUCCUGCAGGACCCGUUGGGCCCGGCGCCGGAGCCGGUCUCCGACGAGACCCUGUCCUGGAUGGCUGCCCUUACCUUCCUGCCGCCUAUCUUCUGCGGAUUCCACAUGGGGAACCUCAUCGACCGCUUCGGGCGGAAGAGCUUCACGAUAUUGACGUCACUGUUCCUUGCGAUGAGCUGGUCCAUCACGCUGUUCUCGCUGCGGCCGUGGGCGCUGAUCGCGUCACGUGUCGUGGCCGGCUUCGCGUGCGCCACGUGCUACGUCGUCACACCUUUGUACCUGAAAGAGAUCGCGUCCGACAACGUCCGCGGCGCCCUCGGCUCCCUCUUCAUCCUAGCACAGAACCUGGGCUACCUCGUGAUAUACCUGUGCGGUGACCUGAUGCCCUUCGCGUCGGUCAUGUGGCUGUGCACGGCGGUACCUGUGCUCCAUCUGCUGGCGUUUAUGGCCAUGCCCGAGACGCCUGUGUUCUUGAUCAAGCAGGGGAAAUUAAAGGAGGCCAGAACAGCGUUGGCAUGGCUACGCAACACCACCACCGAUGAUAAGAACUUAGAAGAAGCCAUCCAGGAGUUGGAGAGAGAAGAGGAGUACACUAAGUCCAUGGCACAUGCCAGCUUUAAGAGCCUAGUGCAAGACAAAACGCGUUUCAAAGCGUUUCGGAUAGCAGUCAACGUGAUGCUGUCCCAAGAGACGUGCGGAUACCUGGUGGUGCUCACGUACGCGGGAUCCAUCUUCGAGAAGGCAGCUGAGACCACCAGCCUGAAGCUGAGCCCGAACAAGCAGACCAUAGUGGUUGGGGCUCUGCAACUGCUGGGGUCUAUUGUGGCCAGUUGUAUUGUGGAGCAGACUGGAAGAAAGUGGCUGCUAGCCUGCACAUCCUUCGUCACGGGGCUAUCGAUGCUGACGCUAGGGUUAUGGUUCUACCUGACGUCAGCAUCCUUCUGCCUGCCGGGCUGGCUGCCGGUCAUGGCCAUGUGCCUGUGCAUCUUUGCUGACGCGUCAGGGUACCAGCCGGUGCCGUAUGUCAUCAUGUCCGAGCUGUUCUCGUUUCAGUACCGUGGAACAGCCACCUCCCUCAUCAUAUCCAUGACAGCUCUCAGCGACUUCCUCCAAACAAAGGCCUACGAUCCUCUUCUGAAACUCUUCGGGAUCCACUGGGUUUUCAUCAUGUUUUCCAUCAUUUGCUUCUUGGGGACCUUCUACACUGUUCUAUGGGUUCCAGAAACUAAAGGCAGAACGGUAGAAGAAAUCUACGCCGUUCUAGAAGGGAAAAAGGAGGAUGAGGAAACUGCGAAAGAAGUUAGCAGACUGUGAUAACGGGGAAUGAUUAUUGUGUAGCAAAGUAACUGUAUACCUACCGGUUUUAUUUUCGAAGUGUCUUCGAUUUUGAAUUUUUUUUAAUGGAAAAAAAAAUCACUAGGAGUGAUGUGGAUUGUCGUAACUGCUAUUACGUCUUAUAUCGCCAUAAUGUCAUGUUAUAUGACUCUAUAUUUAUUAAGAAAAGUAUCAUACCUAUGAUUUCAGCCCAUAAUUUUAGUUCAAGCCAGCAACUGACUUCUUACUGGUCUCUCAAAUACGAUUUUGAAAUAUGGUCCUAUCUGGGAAUGGAACUAUUAAACCGAUGUGUUAUGCUCAUUUUCACCAUCAAUCCCUAAUUUUUAAGUCACUCCUUGAAAAACAAAAUUUCUGUAAUGUGUUACCAUAGGGGUCACUUAAAAUUAGGGAUUGAUGGUGAAAACGGGCAUUAGCCUACUUACCGAGCAGUUAUUGAGCUGUAUGAACUGUAGAGACGUUACUUAUCGAGUCUACUUACCGAGCAGUUAUUGAACUGUACUUACAAUAAUACUCGUCUACAUCCAAUAUUGUCAAAUGGAAAGCGACACUCGUCUUGAGUUUCUAAGAUAGAACAUUCUUUAUUUACGCGUCACCGCUCAACAAGUUUUGUUGCCAUAUUUUACUUGUGUGACCUAAUGAAUAAAAACCUAAGCCUGUGUUGCACCAUCUUACUUUAACUUUAACAAACGUCAAAAGUCUAUCAACCUCCAUACAAAAAUCAUCGGAUAAAGUUACUGUGAAAGCAAGAUGGUGCAACUCAGCUAUAAUAUAAAUUAAAUACAUAAAUAGAAACACUUGCUCUCUACAUGAAGGUAUGUCACUGUAAAUGUGAAUAAGUAUACCGUCAGAUCUUAAUCUAACGAGAUUGUACACCUGUGUUGUAAACUAGAGUAUGAACCUUAACUGCUUACAAUUAAGCUUAUUUUUUCGAUAAAUUACAAUAUGUCAGCCAUUAAUUUGUCAACCUAUGGACAUACCGUAGAGUUAGGAAUCAAACACAGGUGUCUGGAAGAAUCGUUUCUUAGCGAUAAGACCGUCUUAAAUUGUACUGUUUCGAGUUUAUUAUCUUUGAUUUUUCUGUUGUAUAUCUAUUUUUAUUCAUUUCACUUAUCUACUUAAUAAUGUAACUCAUGUUAUGAAUCAUGUUUAAUUUAUGUCAUAAAUGCGAAAGUACCUCUGUUAUUUAUUUUAUUUUCAUGCUGCUGGACCAAUUUUGAUAAAUUUUAAUGUAGAGAUACAUAGAUUGAACUUUCGAAAAGAUCGAAAGCUUCAUUUGUUGUUAAAAAAAUAACAAAAAAGUCCCCCGUUUCAUCAUUUAAUGAUAAUAAAAUAUGAAAUAAGUAUCUGAAUGAAAUACCUAAUAUUGUUGUAAAAAUAAAUUGGCGCUUAAUUAUUUGAAAAUUACCUUUUUUCUUUCUUUCUUUCCUUCAAAACGAUUCCAAUUUUCUAUUAAAAAUGAAUCAAUAUCUACUUUAGAGAUUCUUCUGGACAUAAAGUACUUAAAGAUAAUUAAUUAUCAACUAAAUUCGAGAUACUACAUCAUUUUUAAUUGCAUGUCAUACAGUUCAUGAAACAUAAUAUUUUAUAUCAAUACAAAUCUUAAUUACAAUAAAGAAACUAUAAUGUUUUGAUUUGUCGAUAUUGAUAAUAUUGUUAUUUCUUUUACUUUUGAAUACUUAAUAUCUUUUAGUAAAAUAUUUUUAAGAUUUUAUUUACGUUUUUUUACUCAUAUCGCAACCGCUCAAAAAAGAAUAAAAAAAAGAAGAUUUAUCGGAUUAAGACUUAAAAAUAUCGUCGAUAUUAAGAAAGAAAUACAUUUUAAUUCUAUAUCAAAAAACCAUUAUGGCAAAUAUAAACGUCUGAAGGUAUUUUUUUUAUAUUAUCGCCUAAUUACCUAUUUCAAAAAAAUAGAUUCUGUAUUUUUUUUUUCAACAAUUAUAUGUAUUCUAAAAAUGACAUGUAUAUUUUGACUCUUUUAUUGUAAUAGAGCUUAAUAUAUUGUCCAUAUUCCAUGUCCAAUUUAUUGUGAUGAAACCGUGCCUUUUCAUUCCCAAUGUGAUAUAGAUGACGAAUUAUUUAGAUUAAGCUAGUUUUUGAAUUAAAAUAAUUUAUUUGAAAGAA